AUGAAUCUAGCAUUUUCUGGUGGUGGAUUUUUGUCUGUAUAUCAACUGGGUGUAGCAGCUGGAUUUGUGGAAUAUGCGCCAGAUAUAAUCAAAAAUUUAAAUUCAGCUAGUGGAGCAUCUGGUGGUGCAAUCACAGCAUCAGCAUUAGUGGUAUGUCCCGAUAAAUUACCAGAAUUAAGCCGAUAUUGUAUCGAGAUGGGGGUGAAGACUAGAGAUUUUUACACAGGAGCUUUUCACCCUCGUGUUAGCAUACCUCAUUUGAUUGAAGAAGCAUUAGAUCGUGUAUUUCCUGAUAAUGCUCAUCAAUUAGCCAACAAUAAAGUUCAUAUAUCAUUAACUCGAGCCAGAGAUCGACAAAAUAUCCUCAUUAGCGAAUUCUUCUCAAAGAUGGAUCUUAUUAAGUGUGUAGCUUGUAGUUGUUUUGUCCCUUUUUGGUCGGGUAUAGUGCCACCUUUUUAUCGUGGAGAGCGAUAUUUAGACGGUGGAAUUUCGGACAACCAUCCUAUACCUUUCGAUAUUCAGAAAACAAUAACUAUUUCUCCUUUCGUCGGUGAUGGAAUGAUUUGUCCUAACCAUGUGUCGCUUCAUGACUUUGAAAAUAGCGAUAUCUGUAUUCGACGAACGAUUAAAUUUACAUUAGGCGAUCUUCAUCGAGCGACUAGAGCUUUAUUUUCUCCAGAUGAGGCCUCUCUUAGAGCAUUAUGUCAACAAGGCUUCGAAGAUGCGUUGGAAUAUCUAAGAAAGCACCAUUGUAAGGGAUAG